UUGAAUUGUUCUUUAUUUUAGAGAAUAUCGAUAUUCUGUGUUUUCUUAUAAACCGAUAGUCUGAUGUCUGAUAGUAAUUAUUUCCUAAUUAAUAUUGAAGUUAUCCUCGGUCUGAGAGUUUAACAUUUGAUCAUCGUACGUUUAUUGAAAUUACUAAACAGAUAAUCAUGGAAAAUAUUCCCCGCACACAUGAAGAUAUUGAAGCACAAAUACGAGAAAUCCAAUCCAAGAAGAAAGAUGUUCAGGAGGAACUUCCAGAUAAAGGAGUCAAACUUGGUGAAAGUGGGUACUUUGACAUGGACAUUUAUGAAACUGGAAAAGGAAAAUAUGAGGGCUAUGUUACCUCAAUUGCUGCUAAUGAUGAAGUAGAUGACGACGAAGAGGACAUGGGCUAUGGCCAAAAACGAACUGGUCUUGGAGCACCUGUGGCUUUGUUAAAUGAUGUUGCUCAGAGCGAGAAAGAAUAUGACCCAUUUGCAGAUCGUAGAAAACCGACAAUUGCAGAUAGAGAAGAUGAAUAUCGACAGAAGAGGAGAAGGAUGAUUAUUUCCCCAGAACGUGUGGAUCCCUUUGCUGAUGGUGGAAAAACGCCAGACUUCCAGGCAAGAAAUUACUCACAGAUUAUGAAAGAACAGUUGCUCAAAGGUGAAGAGAAUGAGGUCCGUAAAAAGUUGGUAGAAAAAUCAAAGGAUGGUACGCUGAAAGUCAUAAAUGGUGACGUGAAACCCACAACAAAGAAGCGAGGUAGGUGGGAUCAAACUGUAGAUGAAGCUCUUACACCACAGAAGAAAAAAGCCCUCAGCGUUUCUACAAGUAGCAAUGCAGCAACACCUGUUUGGGAAGGAGAUAAAACCCCAGCAGAUAUUCGUUGGGAUGAAACUCCUGGGCAUAAAGGCAGUGAAACUCCUGGUGCAACGCCAGGUCAGUCUACAAGGAUAUGGGAUGCAACACCUGGAGCAGCAACACCAGGAAGAGAUACUACACCAGGCCAUACAGGAGAUAAGAGUACCUCAAGAAGAAAUCGUUGGGAUGAGACGCCCAAGACUGAAAGAGAAACUCCAGGCCAUUCGAGUGGUUGGGCCGAAACACCCAGAACAGAUAGAACUGGGGCGGAUCUUAUUCAAGAAACUCCAACACCAGGAGCUUCAAAAAGAAGAUCAAGAUGGGAUGAGACUCCAUCGGCUACUCCUUCUCAGGCAAUGACACCAGGUGCGAUGACACCUACUACGCCCCAUGGAACUCCUAGUCAUGCUACUCCCAUGCUGACUCCUGGAGGAUCUACACCUGUAGGUGUGAAAGCUAUGGCAAUGGCUACUCCCACUCCAGGGCAUUUAGCCUCUAUGACUCCGGAACAGCUGCAGGCUUUCAGGUGGGAAAGGGAGAUAGAUGAACGUAAUCGACCAUAUUCAGAUGACGAACUUGAUAGCAUGUUUCCACCCGGGUAUAAAGUACUUCCACCACCAGCUGGAUAUAUUCCUAUAAGGACCCCAUCCAGAAAACUAACAGCAACACCGACUCCUAUGAUUGGUGGUACACCUCAAGGAUUCUUCAUUCAGCAGGAAGACAAAUCUGCCAAAUAUCUUGACAAUCAACCCAAGGGUCAGAAUCUACCGUUCAUGAAACCUGAAGAUGCUCAAUAUUUUGACAAGCUUUUGGUUGAUGUAGACGAGGAAGCAUUGAGCCCGGAAGAACAGAAGGAAAGAAAGAUCAUGAAACUUUUGCUGAAAAUAAAGAAUGGAACACCUCCUAUGAGGAAAGCUGCUUUGCGUCAAAUCACCGACAAGGCUAGAGAAUUCGGAGCAGGUCCACUGUUCAAUCAAAUUCUGCCCCUCUUGAUGAGCCCAACUCUGGAAGAUCAGGAAAGACAUUUACUUGUGAAAGUUAUUGACAGAAUAUUAUACAAGCUUGAUGAUUUGGUGAGACCUUAUGUUCACAAAAUCCUUGUAGUUAUUGAACCACUUCUGAUUGAUGAAGAUUACUAUGCACGUGUUGAAGGUCGUGAAAUUAUAUCCAAUCUUGCUAAAGCUGCAGGUUUAGCUACUAUGAUAUCAACAAUGAGACCUGAUAUAGACAACAUUGAUGAGUACGUGAGGAACACCACUGCGAGAGCAUUUGCUGUGGUAGCAUCAGCUCUAGGUAUUCCAUCUCUCCUGCCUUUCUUAAAGGCUGUCUGCAGAUCUAAGAAAUCGUGGCAAGCUAGGCACACCGGUAUUAAAAUUGUCCAGCAAAUUGCCAUCCUUAUGGGUUGUGCAAUUUUACCCCAUUUGAAAUCACUGGUAGAAAUCAUCGAACAUGGUCUAGUUGAUGAACAGCAAAAGGUGAGGACUAUCACAGCCUUAGGUAUAGCUGCUCUUGCAGAAGCAGCCACUCCAUACGGUAUUGAAAGUUUCGACUCUGUUCUCAAACCCCUGUGGAAGGGUAUCCGAACUCAUCGAGGUAAAGGUUUGGCAGCUUUCUUGAAAGCUAUUGGUUACUUGAUACCCCUUAUGGACGCAGAAUACGCCAAUUACUACACGAGGGAAGUGAUGCUGAUUCUCAUUAGAGAGUUUCAGUCUCCAGACGAGGAAAUGAAAAAGAUUGUAUUGAAAGUAGUCAAGCAAUGUUGUUCCACAGAUGGUGUGGAGCCACAGUACAUAAAAGAGGACAUUUUGCCCCAGUUCUUCAAACACUUCUGGAAUCAUAGGAUGGCGUUGGAUAGGCGUAACUAUAGGCAACUAGUGGAUACAACUGUGGAAAUUGCAAAUAAAGUUGGAGCAUCUGAGAUCAUAAAUAGAAUUGUAGAUGAUUUGAAAGACGAGAAUGAACAAUAUAGAAAGAUGGUUAUGGAGAGUAUCGAAAAAAUAAUGGGCAAUUUAGGUGCUGCAGAUAUUGAUUUCACUCUUGAAGAGCACUUGAAUGAUGGUAUAUUGUAUGCUUUCCAAGAACAAACAACAGAAGAUGUUGUGAUGCUGAACGGGUUUGGAACUAUCGUUAAUCAGUUGGGAAAACGUGUAAAGCCUUACCUGCCACAAAUUUGUGGUAUGAUCCUUUGGAGGUUGAAUAACAAAUCAGCCAAAGUUCGUCAGCAAGCAGCUGAUCUGAUUUCUAGAAUAGCAGUCGUAAUGAAAACUUGCCAGGAGGAAAGGCUGAUGGGACAUUUGGGUGUAGUUCUUUAUGAAUACUUAGGAGAAGAAUACCCUGAAGUUUUAGGGUCAAUUCUCGGAGCUCUGAAAGCAAUUGUGAAUGUUAUAGGUAUGACGAAAAUGACACCUCCUAUCAAAGAUUUGUUGCCUCGGCUAACCCCCAUUUUGAAAAAUAGACAUGAAAAGGUGCAAGAAAAUUGCAUCGAUUUGGUAGGUCGUAUUGCUGAUCGUGGUCCCGAAUAUGUCAAUGCCAGAGAAUGGAUGAGGAUUUGUUUUGAAUUGCUGGAAUUGCUGAAGGCUCACAAAAAAGCUAUUCGAAGAGCGACUGUCAAUACCUUUGGUUACAUUGCCAAAGCUAUUGGUCCUCAUGAUGUGUUAGCCACCCUUCUAAACAAUUUGAAAGUCCAGGAACGUCAGAAUCGUGUCUGUACUACAGUAGCAAUAGCCAUUGUUGCCGAAACUUGUUCUCCCUUCACAGUACUUCCUGCUUUGAUGAAUGAGUAUCGUGUUCCCGAGUUGAAUGUACAGAACGGAGUUUUGAAGUCGCUCUCAUUCUUGUUUGAAUAUAUCGGAGAGAUGGGUAAAGACUAUAUAUAUGCUGUGACACCUCUGUUGGAGGAUGCUCUUAUGGACAGGGAUUUAGUUCAUAGGCAGACAGCUUGUGCGGCAAUAAAACAUAUGGCUCUAGGUGUAUAUGGUUUUGGAUGUGAGGAUGCUCUCGUUCAUCUACUGAAUUACGUAUGGCCCAAUAUUUUCGAAACUUCGCCUCAUUUAGUCCAGGCUUUUAUGGAUGCGAUUGAAGGAAUGAGAGUGGCGCUUGGUCCCAUCGAGAUUCUGCAGUACACAUUACAGGGUUUGUUCCAUCCUGCCCGAAAGGUUAGGGAUGUUUAUUGGAAGAUCUACAAUUCUCUCUACAUCGGCAGUCAAGAUGCUUUGGUUGCAGGGUACCCUAGACUUGCCAAUGAUCCUAAAAAUCAAUAUAUCAGAUAUGAAUUAGAUUAUGUCCUGUAAGAUUUGAGGCUGUCAUAUUAGAUAAUUUGGUUGUAACAUUGUAUAGUGGUAUUUGAUGUUAUAUUAAACAUAAUUUCAGUAAUGACGUGUAUUCACCAGAAGUUUUUCAAUAUCAUAUAAAACUAACUUGAACACAAACAUAAUUUUCAAAUAAAAUCCUGAAAACCAAUACAUGUUCAAUAGAAUUAUUUGAAUGUAGUUGAACUUUAGGUUCUGACUUUUAUUGUUUGAAAUAAUAGGAACACGACCAAAGUCUUCAGUCCUAUUGCAAAAAAUGUAAAUAAAAGUAAUUGAUGAAAAUUGAA